ACUUAUUUGUUGACAUAUAAACUUCGCGUGUGAUUUUGUUAGUUUGUCCAUGCUGUAUACAAAAGUCAAAAUAAUCAAAAGUUGCUCAAGAAGUGUGGAGGUGUAAGUUAAAUAAAAAAAGAGUGUCUCCAACUCUAAUAAGAUGACUCCAGGAAACCAAGCAAACUCAGACAGCGAUUUGGAAAGUGUUAUUUCAUUUAAGGAAGUACCAAAGCUUCGACGCAACAGCAGUGGUCCCAAAUACGUUUGUAGUAUUGAAGGCUGCAGUCAGAGUUUUAAGCGGUUAGAUAAAUUGGAUCAACAUGAAUUCCAUCACACAGGAAUAAAAAAACAUUACUGCAUCUAUGAUGGUUGCGAUAAGGUCUAUUCCAUUUUGACACAUUUGAAGCGCCACUUGCGUACAACGCAUGAACGCGUUGCGCCGGCAGAGAAAAAUGUGCCUUGCCAAAUACCCGGUUGUUUGAAAAUGUUUCAAACUGAGACCAACAUGCGUCGCCACAUACGUGAAGUCCAUGAAAAUCCAAAGAUCUAUUCAUGCAAAUUCUGUGCAGAAAAGUUCACGCAGAAACUGAAAUUGCGAAGGCACGAAAUACAAAAACACACUGGCGAUUAUCCGUAUACUUGCGAGAAGUGUGCAAGGGGAUUCUAUCAGCAAUGGCAACAUGACCGGCAUAUCUCUUGUUGUAAAGUGUACAUUUGUGCCAACUGCGAAAUGCAGUUUAAUAAAUGGACGCAAUAUGUGAAGCAUUGCAAGGUGAAGCAACAUGGGCGAAAGUUUUACCAGUGUGAAAAUUGCGAGCGUGUAUAUGGCAGACCAAGUGAAUUGCAAAAGCAUAUAGCGGCGAAGCACAUGGAUAGCGAGAAGAAAAUGAUUUUCAAAUGCCAAACCUGUGAACGCAGUUAUGCGUAUGAACGAAAUCUGAGGCAGCACAUGCGCGUUGCGCACGAUGGCAAACAUUUUGAGUGCACUGAGGACGGUUGUGAGCGUGUUUUCAGCAGUGGACAAAACUUGGCAAAGCACUUAGAGCGUGAACAUAAACGUCCAGCCAUUGAAGGUACAAAUGUGAUUCAACAGAAAAAGAACAAGCCCAAAGUGGCGCGUAAAAAACGUAAGGACGCUGGCCGGUCAAUUAUAUCGAAUCUAUCAAGAUUUAGCGGCGUUGUUGUGGACAAAAAUUUAGAUAAAUUAUUAAGAGAACGUGAAGAUGACGCGUUGGAUAUGGCUGGAAAAAUGUUAGUUGAACAACAUAGUGAGAGCGAUGAUAGCGAAGAUGAUUUGCCACUUGCAAAAUUUGCGCGAAAGCAACAACCCGAAAUCACAAAACCAAUCGAAAAUGGGCUGGAAACAUUGAUGAGCGCAAUUUUGACCGAUGCAUAGUAUUUGUAAUAUAUAUUAUUUU